CGGUUGAAUUGUUGGAAUCAUGGUUAACGGCCGCAUACCCUCGGUCUUCUCGAAGACCUAUGUGACUCCACGUCGCCCCUAUGAAAAGGCACGUCUGGACCAGGAGUUGAAGAUCAUUGGCGAAUAUGGUCUGCGCAACAAGCGCGAAGUGUGGCGCGUCAAAUACGCCCUGGCCAAAAUCCGUAAGGCUGCCCGUGAGCUGCUGACUUUGGAAGAGAAGGACGAAAAGCGUCUAUUCCAGGGUAACGCUCUGCUGCGUCGUUUAGUGCGCAUUGGUGUCUUGGAUGAGUCUCGCAUGAAGCUCGAUUACGUGCUCGGCUUGAAGAUUGAGGACUUCUUGGAGCGCCGUCUGCAGACCCAGGUGUUCAAGCUUGGAUUGGCCAAGUCCAUCCAUCAUGCACGCGUGUUGAUCCGUCAGCGUCACAUUCGUGUGCGCAAGCAGGUGGUCAACAUUCCAUCUUUCGUGGUGCGUCUGGAUUCGCAGAAGCACAUUGACUUCUCCCUGAAGUCGCCCUUCGGUGGUGGCCGUCCCGGACGUGUCAAGAGGAAGAACUUGAAGAAGAACCAGGGUGGUGGUGCAGCAGCUGCCGAAGAAGAGGAGGACUAAACUGCAAGUCAGUUAAUUUUUAAUGAAAUAAAAUGGAAUUAUUUACAAAAUAAAUGUAAAGUCCUUAA